CGAGUGAGUUUUUUUUCUUUUUCUUCUUGAGUGGAUGAGUAUGGUGGUCUUCACUCGUCUGUCUGUUUCUUAACAAAUUCUCUUAAAACAAAACGACGAGUUACAAACGAGCUGUUACAACCGGAAGUGGGUCACCAGAAGAGUCACGUGUUGUUCGGAAUGUUCAAGAACGUUUACAUCGCACUUUAGCGCCAAAGCCCUUCUAUAAUGGAGACGUCUGCGUCCGCAACAAUCCCUGCAGAAGAGUCGACGUGUGAGGAUUCGCCUCCAGGUGACCAUCUUCUGAUCUUGAAGGCUCUGACGGAGAAACUGAGACUAGAGACCAGGAGACCUUCUUACUUGGAAUGGAAAGCCGGGUUGGAGGCAGAAAAGUUCACAGGGUUCGGAAGCGGAACGGUUGAAGCGGAAUCCGGCGGCACACGAAGAGAUUCAGACAUGAUUCGCUGCCAGUUGAGGUCAGGUGUCCUGAAGGUGUUCGAGAACGUCGACGAGGCUCUGAGUUGGCUCAGACGAGAACUGGCCGAGAUGCGUCUACAGGACCAGCACCUGGCGAGGCAGCUAAUCCGCCUGCGUAGCGACAUCAGCAAGAUGAAGAUCGAGCAGGCGUGUCAGCUGCAUCGCCGCAUGCUGAACGACGCCACCUAUGGCCUGGAGGAGCGCGACGAGUUGGCCGACCUGCUGUGCGAAUGCCCCGUCACGCCGGGUCUGGGCCUAUCUGCGCCGCUGCGACUCAUCGGAGUCACGAAGAUGAACAUUAACUCUCGACGCUUCUCGCUAUGCUAGUCAUAUGUUAUGUUACCCAGUCUUUAGUAGACUAGCUGCUUGAUUAAUCAUUUUAACACACAGUUAAUGGUGGAGGAAAAUCUAAUAAAAUGAAAAACAUAUCUAGAAUACAGUGCAUCCGCAUAAUAUUCACAGCCCUUCACUUCUUCCACAUUUUUGUUGUUACUGCCUUAUUCCAAAAUGGAAUAAAUACAUUUUAUUCCUCAAAAUUCUACACUCAAUACGCCAUAUUGACAAUAUGAAAAGUUUUUUUUUUUUUAAAUAAGCAAAUGUAUUACAAAUUAAUAAAAAUCACAUGUACAUAAGUAUUCACAGUCUCUGCUCAAUACUUUGUUGAUGCACCUUUGGCAGCUAUUACAGCUUCAAGUCUUUUUGAAUACGAUGCCACAAGCUUGGCACACUUAGUGCAGGUUCGCCCAUUCGUCCUUGCAGCACCUCUCAAGCUCCAUCGGUUGGACGGGAAGUGUUGGUUUUCAUCCAGGAUGUCUCUGUACAUUGCUGCAUUGAUCUUGUCCUCUAUCCUGACUAUAGUCUCCCAGUUACAGCCGCAGAAAAACAUCCCCACAGCAUGAUGCUACCACCACUGUAUGAAUGGUAUUGGCCUGGUGAUGAGCGGUGACUGGUUUCUUCCAAACAUGAUGCCUGGCAAUCACGCCACAGAGUUCAAUCUUUGCCUCUUCAGACCAGAAAAUUGUGUUUUUCAUGGUCUGAGUCUUUCAGGUGCAUUUUGGCAAACUUUUUUACUAAGAAAUGGUUUCUGUCUGCAUGGCCACUCCACCAUAUAGGCCUGAUUGGUGGAUUGCUGCAGAGAUGGUUGUCCUUCUGGAAAGUUAUCCUCUCUCCACAGAGGAAUGCUGUAGCUCUGACAGAGUGACCAUCGAGUUCUUGGUCACCUCCCUGACUAGACUAAGAUGAAUGCAGCAAUGUACAGAGACAUCCUGGAUGAAAACCAACACUACGCAUCCAACCUGAUGGAGCUUGAGAGGUGCUGCAAAGAAGAAUGGGCGAAACUGCACAAAGAUAGGUGUGCCAAGUUUGUGGCAUCGUAUUCAAAAAGACAUGAAGCUGUAAUUGCUGCCAAAGGUGCAUCAACAAAGUAUUGAGCAAAGGCUGUGAAUACUUAUGUACAUGUGAUUUCUUAACUUUUACAUUUUUUAAAUACAUUUUCCAUUUUGGAAUAAGGUUGUAACAUAAAAUGUGGAAACAAGUGCAGCGCUGUGAAUACUUCCCAAAUGCACUGUAUCUAAAAAAGGAGAGACUAGUUCCACCAAAACAGCAAUUCAUGUGUAUUUUAUCGAAAGAGUAAUUGUUUGAUAGCAAAUUUGUAUUAGUUUGUAAACGUAUGACAUCAUCCAAACAUCAUGGCGCUUUCGUAUAUGCAGCAUAGCACAUCUAAGAUCGCUUUAAAGCUCCUCUUGCCGUAUAUGCUCGCUGCUGCCUCAUCAGUGAGCCCAGUGUCGUAUUUUUAAAACCUGUCAAAUCCUGUGUUCAAGUCCAAGUAUUUCAAUAAACUUUAAGGCUAUUCUAAUCAAGUGUACCAAA